AUGGAUAUGGAUGUAUGCCACCUCAUCCUUGGUAGACCAUGGCAGUACGAUACGGGCGCCGUUCAUGAUGGCAGGUCGAACACUUAUACUGUCGAAGUCAAGGGAAAGAAACUGAAAUUGAUGCCUGUUGGUUCCGUUCAGACUUCUGCUCCUGCUAGUCUUACCAUGGCAUGUCUAAUUGCUGAGCGUGAACUACUUCAACUCAAGAGUGAGGGCUGCCCUAUGUAUGCAUUAGUGACUUCUGAUGUGACCGAACAGCCGCCCCUUCAAACACCUCCAGAGGUUCAAACGAUGAUCAAUUCCUUCCAGGACAUCACCGCUGCGGACUUGCGUCCAACACUACCACCGCUCAGGGAGAUACAGCAUCAGAUUGAAUUACUUCCAGGUGCCGUGCUACCCAACUUGCCGCAUUAUCGGAUGAGUCCGCGUGAACACAGCAUUCUGUAG